GAUUACGUAACUGUAGUGCGCAAAUGAGGGUAAACGCAUGCCACUGCGUGUCCAUCAAUAUGUUUUAUUAAUACUCUGAAUGAGAAACACGGGCAUUUACGUUAAUGAAAACAUUGGAAAGAAGUCAUAAAUGUGUUAUCUGUCUUUAAGAAAUGUUGGUAUGGUGGGAAUAAGUACAGACUUCAGUGUGAAUGGAAAGUUUUGAGGGUAAGCAGUAGAGAGUGUUAAGUUUAACUGCAGGGCAGGAUAUGAGAGAGAGAGAGAGAGAGAGAGAGAGACAUAUAUACACACGCACACACGUGACUAGGCGCAGAUUUGGUGGAUGAUGACCUCUGUCCUGCAGUAAGGUGUCGGUGAGGAAGAGGGCUGAGGCAUGAGGGCUGAGUAACGGUGUGGGGGAAGGAAGAGGAGCAGCGCUACACUGCGCAUGGCUCACAGCAACCAACCGGCAUUCUGCUCACGCUCGGGGCGACCCGGCUUUUUCCGCCCUCACUGCCUUCUUCUCCCCCCGUGCGCGCAUUCAGUCAAGGACAGUGUGUGAAUGCGAGCUUAUAAUAAUCAAGUGAGCUAUUCGGUUGCUUUGAAUGUAACCUCGAUUGGUUACAUCAGAUUACAACAGAUUGUCGGGGAUUACGCGGCGCUGCGUGACAGUACAUCCGCCAAGGACACUGCUCCAGUAGCGCCAUACAGCAGAACUGAUGCUGGAUGAAGAGAGAGAGAGAGAUCAUCACAGAUCAUCUUCUGCAAGCAGCACUUAACGUGCCAUAUUUUGCAUCCGCUCGAGUGACCUCCUUUUUUUUUUUUUUUUUUUUUUUUUUUUACACCACUGAUGUGACAGUGACUGGCAUUCACUGAGACUGCUACUGAAGAAAAGAAGAUGAAUUAUGCACAACAGAUCAUGAAUAAAAAACGGUCUGAUUGUGCAUCUGGCCAGGGCACAUGCCGCAUGACCUGGAUUUCAGGCUGUGCUUCAGGAGCCAGUUGCUGGUGAAGCCAUGAGGAGCUUCAGCACAUAAACGGGAUACCAGGAGCACCGGGUUCUAGCUGCUCGUUUUCACACACUGACAUGUGACUGAAAACCUCCAGACGAGGGCAGAGUCAACGUCACACUGAUAAGGACCCUUCUGCUCUGAAGAGAUAAACCCUUAACCUCUUUUUUUGGAUUGUGAAGACUUGCAACAUAUAAGGCACUUACACUUUACUAUAUGGCAGCAGAUUUCAGUCCAGGACCAAGUUUCUUUACAUGCAGUGAGGAUUAUUAACACUCAGGAAUUUUUUUGCCAGGUGUAUAUCCUAAUCUGCACAUACGCAAUCCGCUUUCAAUGGAUUAUAAUUGUGCUGCAUGUUUGAGUGACGUUUUGAAUGAUUUAUUUACCUGGCACUCUGUUUCAGCUGAGUAGGAUGGUGAAGUAAGGUCUGGACUUUUGAUUUUUGUAUAUCUGUUUUUUUUUUAAAAAUCUGAGUGAAUCAUUGCUUAUCCUGCUGAGUUUGAAUUCCCUCACUGCGGAACAGUUUGAUCAAUUUUGUAAAUCAAGUUUACAAAACAUGCACGUGAUGAACAAGAUGUCGGAGGACAAGAACAAGAAACAAACUCCUAUGAAUUGCUGUAUUGAGCCAGUCAACUAGUUAGUCCUAAGUACGACGUUCAGCCAUGUGGUCGCUACCUCUCCUUCGUCACACCGAUGUUCCACCAAGAGUGACGGAGAACUUCAUUUUGUCAGGUUACCGCUUCCCUGACUACAGCCUCCUACAGUGCCUGGUCUCUGCAUUCCGGCCUACCAAUGAGACUGGAAACUUCUGGACUCAUUUCCUCCCGAUAUUUAUCUUCGCCUUUCACUUUGUAGAGAUAUUUGAGUGGGAAGGAGCCCCGGCCCCUGGGGAGCCCUUCUUUUACCCAGCCUGGAACUAUUUCUUCGGGGUUCUCUAUCUGCUGCUGGCCAGCAGUAUGGCUCAUCUCCUCAACUCCAUGUCACUGAUCAUCAGAGAGAUCUGCUUCUUUGUGGAUUAUGGAACCAUCAGUGCUUAUACUGUUGGUUCUUCUUUGGCUUACUAUUACUACAUUCACCCACAGGCAGGGGUACCAAAGACUGGGCUUGGGACACAGAAUGUAUCAGAGGCACAGUCAGAGAGGGAAGAAGAGCCUUCCCCAGCUCCAUUUUCCAACUCUUCUUCCUCUAUCUUGCAUUUCCACCCAUUUUUUGAUAGCUUGUACAUCCCCUGCUCCUGCCUGGUGGCCAUCAUCUGUGUGUUAACCUGUUGCAACACCAGGCAGCAGUGGAGGAAAUACCGCUAUGCUGUACGUACCCUCGUUUUCCUUCUGCCCUUCUUCAUUUCGUCCACACCAAUUUUCUACCGGCUCCUCAGCCCAUCACCAUAUCCGAUCUCCUCUCAGACGCCUUCUUCUUACCCGUCACCUACAAUGGCCACCUUCUUCUAUCGCCACUGCUUCUGGCUUGUGGUGUCUGCAGCCUUUAACAUUAGCAAGAUCCCAGAACGUUUGUCUCCAGGAAAGUUUGACAUCUGGGGGCACAGUCACCAGUGGUUCCACUGCUGCACCUUCCUCUCCAUCCUUGAUGAGCUCCAUAUGAUCAAGGUCGAGAUCCGAGCCCUGCUGCUUCACCCUUCCUUGGUCAUAGCACCCACCACAAAUCCCCAGCUCCCUGGCCCGACUAUCUACUCCACUUUUGGGCUGAUGCUGCUACUACAGGGGUGUAUAGCUUCUAUUAUUGUAUGGUUUGGGUGGUGUGCAUACGAGAUAUAUGGUCCUGUGCAGAAAGGCCUGAAGGUACACUGAGUGAAGCCAAGCCAGAGUCUCCAACGUAUUUGGGCCGACAGAAUUAUUGGUGAUAUUGUUGCUGACAGUAGCCAUUAUUUAAUCACACAGAUUAAAUAUUAAUCACAAGAUUAAUUCAUUUUAUUUACCAUUUAUCAGUCUGGGAUGCUACAGUUGAGGCCACAAGGCAUAAUUUGAUAUUGAUAUUGGGAUGGCCUGGCUAUUUUUGUCUCUUUAAGGUUACCAUGUUUGUACUUAGAGGGUUCAAGAAUCAGCAGAUAAUUCAGUCCUAUGGGUAUUCACUAGCACAAACAAGCAUGUAAGGCUUUCCGAGUCUCCUAGGGGGACUUGCUGAUACUCUUUGCUGGUAUCUCUUACACACACAUUUACGCACACAUGCCCACUUCCUCCCCUUUUUUAAACAGGAAGUAAAGGAGCUGACAAGCUUCAACCACGGUCUUUUAGCUUAGAGGAAAUGAAACGGCUGUGGCUUUAUUGUUGAUGCAAAAUGUACUUGAACAGUGCACACUUUUCAACCCAUGUUUCUAAAGCAACUGUACUUCAGCUUGCUCUCUCUGCAACCGAAAGCUGAAUAAAGUAUGAAGCUAAAAUCUUUGCUUAUAUAAUACUGCAACCUAUGCAUGGCUUUUAGCUGCAUUGUUUAUACUACGAGAAGAAGGGAUGUAAUGAGCAUGGAGGUUUAUAAGUUCAAUGUCAGUUGAAGAAGAAGAAGCCAUAACAUUGUUUCUCAGACAUAUCAACAUGAUUUUUAGCAGGGUUUCCCACUGGUGAGCUGAAUUUGCACAUAAUCAACCAGAUGUUUUCAGGAAGUGGUGCAUUAAAGGGCAUUUCAGUGAUUAUGAGUGCUUUGCCUGUUGUUUACUUAAGUAUGAAACCAUUAUUAUUGUUAACUUGCUCCUUGGUAGACAACAAUCUCCCUAGUUCUACCUGUGCCCUUCUUUCCAUCACUUACCUCUUGCAGCUGGUUUUGAAUAUUACUUGAACCUAAAAGAAAGCGUAAGAUAUUCCACUGUGACAACUAUGUGCUUAGGUGUCAGUGCUAGACUUGUUUCGGCCUGUGUACAGUUAUAAUUCCAGGGCAAGGGUGCACAUCUAAGAUUAGAUUCCCUUCUUACAUGCUUCUAUGUGUCAGUACAUGUAUGUAGGGAAAAAAGACUCUUAAACUGAAAUGCUUCCUGAAUGCAGGCCUUGGUGCAUAUAAUCUCUCCCUGAUUGGUACACAGUUACUGCAUGCUACUCAGCAUUCUGUCAUAAAUCUGUCAUUAACAGUCUAAUGUAAACUAAUGCUAUGUUAUGGCUGGCUAAAACAUCAAUGAUAACUUAAUGACAGACUGUAGAGGGAAGCCUUGCCAGUAACGGUGACUAUGAGUACAUUUGCACAGUUUAAAAGACAAAUUUUUAAAAAAUAGAAUACAAGUUAACAAUGUCUGUAAAUCUCAAUUGUGAAUGUGCCUGCUAUAUUUGUUUCAUUCAUUUAUGACUUGAUAAUGAGUCGGUGGUGAGUGAGACAUUUCUGCUGUGCAAUGGAAUGUGUUGUUACUACUCUUUUGUACUUAUUCUUGUAAGAAAAAGCAGUAGAAUAGACGCAUUAGGUGUUAGUGCUAGAAAAUUGAAAUCCAACAAAUUAGGAUUUGCUACAUAUAAAGUGAAAGGACUAAAUCAUGAUGGGGUGUGUUCUUAUAGCAAAAUAAUCAACACCAGGGUGGUGUGAUGUGGAGCGAUGUUACCACCCCAGUGCUGAAUAUUUUCCAAUAAAGCAUUUUCCGAAUUGUUUUAUACCUCUCAUACCACAGCAGUUGGCCAACGGUGUCAAUUUUUAAUUUAUAAAUGAAUGACACUUUUUAACAGUUUAUAGUUAAUAUUAUGGAACAUCUGCGAGAUAAGUUAGUUCCUGUUAUCGCUUCUAUGUUACAGUGUCCUCCAUACAAGUACCUGUGAAAGAGCUGUUACUAUAGAAAUGAUAACAUAUUAGAACAUUUGACAAAUUAGCAAAUUAACAAAUUAGAUCACUAUUGUCAGAGCUGUGCUACUAUAGAAAAUUGAUCAACACUUUCUGACCAAUCAGAUUCAAGAAUUCAACAGCGCUGUGGUAUAAGCGACAUUAUAUAAUGGUCUGUCCUGUUUCAGUAGACAUUUCAUAUCCUCCUAGUUCAGGUUAUACUUCAUGAAUCAGUUGUUUUUUUUAUAGUACAUUUAUGACUAGAGUAUGUCUGUACUGUGAUGAAAUGACAAACACAACUCUGUUAUGUAUCACAAAAUCUGUGGUAGCACCAGCUUUGUGCAUAGACUCCAUUCUGUUGACUCUUCAAGAAUAUACUUUUGCUUAGAAAGACUACUGUUCUUUGCCACAAUAAUAUUGCUAAUUAAUAUAUGUAAUAUGUUGUGAAGAAUGUUGGAGCAACUUCUUUGCCUUCGUUCUACAAUCUUUGUAACAUGACACAAAGACCUCAUUCUUAAAACAUGUGAAAAUAAUGCAGCUGAGACAGAAUAGAAUUAAUGUUAAUAUGUCUGUAUCAAUUCCAUACUAAUGUAAUCAAUACAGACAUACAUACUACUCUGUAGGAAACCUAGAUAGUUUGUGCAUUACAUUAGACAAUUAUAGGUGUGUAAUAGUCAUUUAUAAAGGUGUCUGGUGUAAAGUGAUUCGACCUGACAGAUGCAGUUACAGACCACUAGACUUGACAAGUUCUAGUUCUCAGGGUUAAACAAAAAGGCAGGAUUGUGAUCUGACGUUCCCGGACACGCUAUGCUUUAUGACUGAUUUUGAUUCAGUCUUAUUUAUGAUUUACAUAUGUAGAUCAUUGUAGUUCUAUCUUAAUGACUGAGAUAUAGUUAUUCAACUAUAGAUUAAGAGUUAAUAUAAUUGUAUGAGUAGAUUGCUAUUCCUUUUCAUUGUAUUAAAAGACUAUUAUUAGAAAUUAAUAAAUUAAACUUGCUGGAUCAACAAGGUCUGUUUGCUGUUUAAUGAGUGUUCGUGUCAGAUACUGUGUGAAAAAAUAUGUUUGCUUUGUGAACGGAGAUUCCAUGAAUCUGCAGCGAGUCAAAGGUGUUUUGAAUAAUUCAAAAUUCUGGGUACUUCAUUGAGCAGGUGCACGUUUGCAUAUAUUUG